GACCCGGCGAGUAGCUGUCGCAGUUUCUGGAAACUUCUGCCUAUUGUCAUAUUUAAACCUUUUGGCUGCAGGCGGCGUUUUUCCGCGCGCGGGAGUGGGGGGGUGGGAGAGAGAGAGAGAGGGAGAGAUUGAGGGCGCGGUUGCGGGAAAGCCGGGCUCCGUGUACCUGAGCGGGGCUUUUUUUUCCCCUUUCUGCCGCGGCGGAGAGGCGGCCGCACCGCGGAUUCGGAGCCGGCGGGAGCCUGAAGCGAGCGCUCGAUUCCGCCCCGGGGAGCCAUGGCUGUCGUGGGCUUCGAUCUCGGCAGCCAGAGUUGCUACAUCGCGGUGGCCAGAGCCGGCGGCAUAGAGACGGUGGCCAACGAGUUCAGCGACCGAUGCACCCCGUCAGUGGUAUCAUUUGGGUCUAAAAACAGAGCGAUUGGAGUAGCUGCUAAAAAUCAACUGAUUACACAUGGCAACAACACAGUAUUUAACUUCAAGAGAUUCCAUGGCCGCGCCUAUAAUGAUCCUUUUAUUCAGAAGGAGAAGGAGAAUGUGAGCUACUGUGUAGUUCCAAUGAAAAAUGGAAGUGUUGGGAUAAAGGUAAGGUACAUGGAUGAGGAGCAUUUAUUCAGUGUGGAGCAGAUAACAGCUAUGCUGCUGACUAAACUUAAGGAGACUGCUGAAAAUAACCUCAAAAAGCCUGUGACAGACUGUGUUAUUUCAGUUCCAUCAUUUUUUACUGAUGCUGAGAGGAGGUCUCUGCUGGAUGCUGCCCAGGUUGUUGGCUUAAAUUGUCUUAGACUAAUGAAUGAUAUGACAGCAGUGGCUCUGAACUAUGGGAUAUACAAGCAGGACCUUCCAGGUCCAGAAGAGAAACCACGGUUAGUGGUGUUCAUCGAUAUGGGGCAUUCAGCAUUUCAAGUAUCAGCCUGCGCUUUUAACAAGGGUAAACUGAAGGUGCUUGGUACAACUUUCGAUCCCUUUCUAGGAGGAAAACAUUUUGAUGAAAAACUGGUGGAUUACUUUUGUGCUGAUAUAAAAGCCAAGUACAAACUGGACCCUAAGGCAAAAAUACGAGCCCUCCUUCGUUUGCAUCAGGAGUGUGAGAAGCUGAAAAAGUUAAUGAGCUCAAAUAGCACAGAUAUUCCACUUAAUAUUGAAUGCUUCAUGAAUGAUACAGAUGUAUCUGGAAAGAUGAAUAGAUCCCAGUUUGAAGAGUUGUGUGCUGACUUGUUGGAAAGAAUUGAGAUUCCUCUUCGUUCUUUGAUGGACCAGAUUCAGCUCAAAGUGGAUGAUGUAUGUGCCGUUGAAGUUGUAGGUGGAGCCACACGCAUUCCUGCUGUCAAAGAGAGGAUUGGGAGGUUUUUUGGCAAAGAUGUCAGCACAACACUGAAUGCAGAUGAAGCGGUUGCGAGAGGCUGUGCUUUGCAGUGUGCAAUAUUAUCUCCAGCUUUUAAAGUCAGAGAGUUCUCUAUCACAGACGCAGUUACAUUCCCAAUAUCAUUGAAGUGGAGCACAGAAUGUGAAGAUGCUGAUGGCAUUCAUGAAGUGUUCAGCAGGUAUCAUCCAGCACCUUUCUCCAAAGUCUUGACAUUUUACCGAAAAGGUCCUUUUGAACUUCAGGCUUUCUAUUCAGGUUCCAAUGGUGUCCCCUACCCUGAAAGUAAAAUUGGCAGAUAUGUUAUCCAGAAUAUUGCAAAUCUGACUGAUGGAGAAAAAACUAAAAUUAAGGUCAAAGUUCGCAUCAACACUCAUGGCAUUUUUAGUGUUUCUACUGCAUCUAAGGUGGAGCAGAUGAAAGCUGAAGAGAAUGACAGUCCCAGUGUUGAGGCUGAAUUAGAUCACCAGAACCAAACAGGUUCUGACAACUUUGAUAAGAACAUCCAGCAAGUGAACAAUGAGGCUGGAGCUCAACCCCAGGUACAAACAGAUGGUCAGCAGACAUCACAGUCUCCCCCUAUUCCUGAGGCUCCCCCUGAAGAAAACAAAACCCCAGAAGCUGAAAAAGGAAAUGAAAAGAAAAGUGAUCAGCCCCCAGAAGCUAAGAAACCAAAGAUGAAAGUGAAGAAUGUUGAGUUGCCUAUUGAAGCGAACUUGGUCUGGCAGCUUGGAAAAGAUCUGCUCAAUAUGUACAUCGAAACAGAGGGUAAGAUGAUUAUGCAAGACAAACUGGAGAAGGAGAGAAAUGAUGCAAAGAAUGCUGUUGAAGAGUAUGUUUAUUACUUUAGAGACAAGCUUUCUGGAUCCUAUGAGAAAUUUGUCUCUGAACAGGAUCAUCAGAGUUUCUCCACACUACUGUCAGAGGUAGAAGACUGGUUGUAUGAAGAAGGAGAGGACCAACCGAAACAAGUCUAUAUGGACAAACUUGCUGAACUAAAGAAAUUUGGGACUCCCAUUGAAAUCCGAUACCAAGAAGCAGAAGAACGGCCAAAGCUGCUGGAUGAACUGAGACACAAGGCUCAGAACUAUGCCAGGAUUACCGAAGAGUACAGGAACAAGGAUGAGAAGUACAUCCAUAUUGAUGAAGCUGAAAUGAGCAAAGUAGAGAAGUGUGUCCAUGAAACAAUGGAGUGGUUAAACAACACGAUCAAUGCACAAGCAAAACAGAGUCUAGAUAAGGACCCCAUUGUCCGUGUAAAUGAAAUCAGAGGAAAGCUGAGGGAGUUGUACAGUUUGUGUGAGCCAAUUGUAACCCAACCAAAGCCCAAAGUGGACUCUCCUAAAAGGGAAGAGCCCAUGGAGACACCUCCUGUUCAUAAAAAUGAAGAUUUAGAAGAAGAAAUUAAGAAUAUUGAGACAGCGCAGCAGAACGGCGACUGUCACAUGAACGAGAGCUCAGUUAACAUGGACUUGGACUAGACUGCCACACCUCAGUGAGCAAUUACAUUGUGGAAAAAGACAUCAGCUGUAUUAUGUGAUAAGGGGGGAAAUGUAAUGUUUGGGGGAACUAUUUAUAUUUUGGAGUUUUGUUGUAUUAUGUGGGGAAUGAACGUAUUGAGAAAGUCAACGUGGAGAUCAUGAUAAUCCGAAAAGGAAAAUUGCCUUGGUAACUUUUCAGAUUCCUGUGGAAUUGUGAACACUUACUAAAAUCUUCUGUGUGGGAAUACAAUCUUUCAAUUGAUGCUGUAAUACCAAGGAAUUGUUAACAAAAAGUACUGCUCUUUCAAAAGGGUUGCACCUAUAAAACUUCUGCAAAUGCCAA